CCCGUGCCUGCGUGGUGCCUGGUGUGACUUCUCUCACGAUGCCGGAGCCGGGGAAGAAACCAGCCUCAGCCUUCAGCAAGAAGCCGCGCUCUGCAGAGGUGGCCGCAGGCAGCGCCGCCGUGUUCGAAGCUGAGACCGAGCGGGCCGGGCUGAAGGUGCGCUGGCAGCGGGGAGGCAGUGACCUCACUGCCGGUGACAAGUAUGGCCUGGUGGCCGAGGGCACACGUCACACGCUGACGGUGCGGGACGCACGCCCUGCUGACCAAGGCUCCUAUGCGGUCAUCGCUGGCUCCUCCAAGGUCAAGUUUGACCUCAAGGUCAUAGAGGCAGAGAAGGCAGAGCCUGUGCCAGCCCCUGCACCUGCUGAGGCCUCUGGAGCCCCUGGAGUAGCCGUGGCUCCAGCACCCGAGCUGGAAAGCAGUGCCCCAAGUCUUGAAGGGUCAAACUCAGCAGCUGCCGCCAGCCCUGCCCCUGGGUGCCCUGGGGCCCCUGAUGACCCCAUCGGCCUCUUUGUGAUGCGGCCACAGGACGGCGAAGUGACCGUGGGUGGCAGCAUCACCUUCUCGGCCCGCGUGGCCGGGGCCAGCCUCCUGAAGCCACCCGUGGUCAAGUGGUUCAAGGGCAAGUGGGUGGACCUGAGCAGCAAGGUGGGCCAACACCUGCAGCUGCACGACAGCUACGACCGGACCAGCAAGGUCUACUUAUUUGAGCUGCACAUCACCGACGCCCAGGUGGCCUUUGCCGGUGGCUACCGCUGCGAGGUGUCCACCAAGGACAAAUUUGACAGCUGCAACUUCAACCUCACCGUACACGAGGCCAUUGGCCAGGGAGACCUGGACCUCCGUUCUGCUUUCCGUCGCACGAGCCUGGCUGCAGGUGGUCGGCGAACCAGUGACGGCCACGAGGAUGCUGGCAUCCUGGACUUUAGCUCGCUGCUGAAGAAGAGCAGCAGUCUCCGGACCCCGCGGGACUCGAAGCUGGAGGCGCCCGCGGAGGAGGACGUGUGGGAGAUCCUGCGGCAGGCGCCGCCCUCCGAGUACGAGCGCAUCGCCUUUCAGCACGGCGUCACCGACCUGCGGGGCAUGCUGCGCCGCCUCAAGGGCAUGAGGCAGGACGAGAGGAAGAGCACAGCCUUCCAGAAGAAGCUGGAGCCAGCCUACCAGGUGAGCAAGGGCCACAAGAUCCGGCUGACCGUGGAGCUGGCCGACCCUGAUGCCGAGGUCAAAUGGCUGAAGAACGGGCAGGAGAUCCAGAUGAGUGGCAGCAAGUAUAUCUUCGAGUCAGUGGGCGCCAAGCGCACCCUGACCAUCAGCCAGUGCUCCCUGGCGGACGAUGCCGCCUACCAGUGUGUGGUGGGCGGCGAGAAGUGCAGCACUGAACUCUUUGUCAAAGAGCCUCCUGUGCUGAUCACGCGGCCCCUGGAGGACCAACAGGUGAUGGUGGGCCAGCGGGUGGAGUUUGAGUGCGAAGUGUCGGAGGAGGGGGCCCAGGUCAAGUGGCUGAAGGACGGGGUGGAGCUGACCCGGGAGGAGACCUUCAAAUACCGGUUCAAGAAAGAUGGGCGCAGGCACCACCUGAUCAUCAAUGAGGCCACGCUGGAGGACGCGGGGCACUACGCGCUGCGCACCAGCGGGGGCCAGGCACUGGCGGAGCUCAUCGUGCAGGAGAAGAAGCUGGAGGUGUACCAGAGCAUCGCGGACCUGGCCGUGGGCGCCAAGGACCAGGCCGUGUUCAAGUGCGAGGUCUCGGACGAGAACGUGCGAGGCGUCUGGCUCAAGAACGGAAAGGAGCUGGUGCCAGACGGCCGCAUCAAGGUGUCCCACAUCGGGCGGGUCCACAAACUGACCAUCGACGACGUCACGCCCGCGGACGAAGCCGACUACAGCUUUGUGCCCGAGGGCUUUGCCUGUAACCUGUCUGCCAAGCUCCACUUCAUGGAGGUCAAGAUUGAUUUUGUGCCCAGGCAGGAACCUCCCAAGAUCCACCUGGACUGCCCGGGCCGCACACCAGACACCAUCGUGGUUGUCGCUGGGAACAAGCUACGCCUGGAUGUCCCUAUCUCUGGGGACCCUGCUCCUACUGUCAUCUGGCAGAAAACAAUCACACAGGGGAAGAAGGCCCCCGCCGGGCCGGCCCCCGACGCCCCAGAGGAUGCAGGUGACAGUGACGAGUGGGUGUUUGACAAGAAGCUGCUGUGUGAGACCGAAGGCCGGGUGCGAGUGGAGACCUCCAAGGACCGCAGCGUCUUCACGGUCGAGGGGGCUGAGAAGGAAGAUGAGGGCGUCUACAUCGUGACCGUGAAGAACCCUGUGGGCGAGGACCAGGUCAACCUCACAGUCAAGGUCAUCGACGUGCCAGACGCCCCUGCCGCCCCCAACAUCAGCAACGUGGGCGAGGACUCCUGCACGGUGCAGUGGGAGCCGCCGGCCUACGACGGCGGGCAGCCGGUCCUGGGCUACAUACUGGAGCGCAAGAAGAAGAAAAGCUACCGGUGGAUGCGGCUGAACUUCGACCUGCUGCCGGGGCUGAGCCACGAGGCGCGGCGCAUGAUCGAGGGCGUGGCCUACGAGAUGCGCGUCUACGCGGUGAACGCCGUGGGCAUGUCCAGGCCCAGCCCUGCCUCUCAGCCCUUCAUGCCCAUCGGCCCCCCCAGCGAACCUACGCACCUGGCUGUGGAGGACGUCUCUGACACCACGGUCUCCCUGCGGUGGCGGCCACCGGAGCGCGUGGGAGCAGGCGGCCUGGACGGCUACAGUGUGGAGUACUGCUGGGAGGGCUGCUCGGAGUGGGUGGCCGCCCUGCAGGGGCUGACGGAGCGUACGAACAUGCUGGUGAAGGACCUGCCCACGGGGGCCCGGCUGCUCUUCCGUGUGCGUGCAUACAAUGUGGCAGGGCCUGGAGCCCCCGUCACCACCAAGGAGCCUGUGACGGUGCAGGAGAUACUGCAGCGACCACGGCUUCAGCUGCCCAGGCACCUGCGCCAGACCAUCCAGAAGAAGGUUGGGGAGCCCGUGAACCUCCUCAUUCCCUUCCAGGGCAAGCCCCGACCUCAGGUGACCUGGACCAAGGAGGGGCAGCCCCUGGCCAGCGAGGUGAACAUCCGCAACAGCCCCACGGACACCAUUCUGUUCAUCCGUGCCGCCCGCCGUGACCACUCGGGCACCUACCAGGUGGCAGUGCGCAUCGAGAACAUGGAGGACGUGGCCACGCUGGUCCUGCAGAUUGUGGACAAGCCAAGUCCCCCCCAGGAUAUCCGGGUCGUGGAAGCUUGGGGUUUCAACGUGGCUCUGGAGUGGAAGCCGCCCAAAGACGACGGCAACACAGAGAUCUGGGGUUACACAGUGCAGAAAGCGGACAAGAAGACUCAGGAGUGGUUCACCGUCUUGGAGCAUUACCGCCGCACCCACUGCGUGGUGUCAGAGCUCAUCAUUGGCAACGGCUACUACUUCCGAGUCUUCAGCCAUAACGCGGUGGGUCCCAGUGACACAGCCGCCACCACCAAGGAGCCCGUCUUCAUCCCCAGACCAGGCAUCACGUAUGAGCCACCCAGCUACAAGGCCCUGGACUUCUCGGAGGCCCCAAGCUUCACCCACCCCUUGGCGAACCGCACAAUUAUCGCUGGCUACACCACCAUGCUCUGCUGCUCCGUGAGGGGCAGCCCCAAGCCCAAGAUUUCCUGGUUCAAGAAUGGCCUGGACCUGAGGCAAGAUGCCCGCUUCCGCAUGUUCAGCAAGCAGGGGGUGCUGACCCUGGAGAUCAGGAAGCCCUGCCCCUUCGACGGAGGCAUCUACGUGUGCAGGGCCACCAACUUACAGGGCGAGGCCCAGUGUGAGUGCCGCCUCGAGGUGCGAGUGCCUCAGUGACCAGGCUGGCUCCCAGGGAUGGCCAGGCACAGCUGGACGCCAGCCCUACCUGCUGGAAGGCUGGAGAAGCUGGAGAAGCCAUCCUCCUGCUCCUGGAUGUGUGUGUGUGUGUGCACAUGCACACAGGUGUAUCCUGGGCUGGGGGGCGGGGGGGGGGGGGCAGCACAGCAGCCAGGAGUGGGCUCUACAAAACAGAACUGGGGAGCUCCCAUGGGAAGCUCUCGGAACCUCGGGGCAAAAAGUGGGUGGGCUUAGACGAUGCUGCUUGGGGACAGGCCCUUCUGGCUGUCACAUCUUCUCAAUAAAAGAUGAGUGCAGUCACAGAA